AUGUCGUCAACUAUAACAACGUCUACUGCGUCUAAUUCAAAUGGGCAAAAAGUAAAGACUCCCUUAAAGAAGGAAGAAUUGGAGAAAAUCGCGUUACAGUUGAAAAAGAAAUUGUCCAAGGCAAGUAUUGCAGCCAAGCAGUCUCUUUCACCAGCAAACAUGAAAACAACAAUGCCAAUAGUACCUCGAACUUCACCCUUGAAAAACUAUAUCAUGAACAAUGUAGCCAACAAACACAAAAAUUCACCAAAUGUUAGCCAGAACGACUUGUUAUCAUCGCCAAAUUUCUACUCGCCAUCUCACAGGUCUCCUACACAUAUGAAAACACCCGCAGCUGUAUUUUUCUCAUCGUCACCUUUAAAGGGUUCAUCAAACGAUAAUGAAGAUAUGAUCAAUGACUCACCUACAAAAAGGAGAAAACCCAACUAUUCUCCAAGUAAGAUGGUCUUGGCAGAGUUGACGCCUCCUUCAGGAAGUAUGCCCCAUCCACAACACACAUUGAAACCAUCGCUAGACAUGAGUUCCAACUCGUCAUCUUCAAGACAACAAAAUAGUCAAAGAAACAGUGAAAAGGAUAAACAUUCAAGAGAUAUACCUGAUGUUGCGAAAACACCUGCACCGGCAGAUACUGAAGGAGCAGACUUACUUAUAUACCUUGCAACUUCCCCAAGUCCUGCCAAGAGUUAUAAGCCACGUGUAUCAUUUAGUGCAGCACCACCAACUCCUAGGCAACGGACGCCACAACAGCAACAACAACAACAACAACAACAACAGCAGCAGCAGCAGCAACAACAACAACAACAACAACAACAACAACAAGAGGAAAACCUUCAAUCAAAUCAGUUACAUGCACGGCCACAAUCAUCACAACCACCAUCUUCCUAUAAUAAUGGCGCCACCACUCAACCACCUCAUUCCUCCAACACUGCGGCCACCUCCACCUCCACCUCCUCCACUGCACCUGCUGCUGCUUCGACCUUAUCAUCCUCCUUAUCUUCUGCGUCAUUCAUUGCGCCAGCACCACCACCCCCUGCAACGCCUAAAAGAAUAGGUCAUCAUUACAGCAGUGCACGUACCCCACAAAACCGUCUCACUCCAUUUUUUACAUCGUCAUCAUCAUUAUCAACGAAUAAUUUACCAUCUUCGGGAUUGACAUUGACACCAACAGGGUUCAAUAUGAAUGACUAUAUUAAUUUUUUCACCCCAUCGCCCGGCAAUGUAAUGAAACAAAAUAAUUUGCUAAAGACCCCAGAUUUCAAUAAUAUUUUGAACAAUAACGGAACUGCUGUUACGGGACAAACACCAGGUGCCGGUACAGGUGCAGCUAAUGGGGUAGGUAAACGUGUAGAAGGGAAAUUAUGGAAUUUUAACAAGGUUUUAUUUCACGGUCAUGGACACCCACCUGGCUCAGUAACUGACUCAUCAAAUGGGUCUAAUGGGAAAUAA